CCACCUCCCGCCCCCACCCACCCGCCAACUUCCGCGCUUUACGGCAGCCGCGCUUCCCUCCCUUCCUUCCCCCUUUUGCGACAGUCGUGUGGCGAUGACGCGCUAAGGGCGGGCCGGGCGCCGCCGCCGCCUCUUUGCCCGCCGCCAUCCGUCGCCAUCGGGGCCGUGCAGGAGGUGUAAGCCAUGGCGAAGUUCGUGACCCCCGUGAUCCAGGACAACCCGUCCGGCUGGGGGCCGUGCGCCGUGCCCGAGCAGUUCAGGGACAUGCCCUACCAGCCCUUCAGCAAAGGAGACCGCCUGGGGAAGGUGGCUGAUUGGACAGGAGCCACGUAUCAGGAUAAGAGAUACACAAACAAGUACUCGUCACAGUUCGGUGGUGGAAGUCAGUAUGCGUAUUUCCACGAGGAGGAUGAGACGAGCUUCCAGCUGGUGGACACAGCCCGGACGCAGAAAACUGCGUACCAGAGGAAUCGUAUGCGAUUUGCACAGAGGAACCUGCGGAGAGACAAGGACCGUCGGAACAUGCUGCAAUUCAGCAUGCAGACGCUGCCAAAGAGUGCCAAGCAGAAGGAGAGAGAUCGUCUGCGUCUACAAAAGAAGUUUCAGAAGCAGUUUGGAGUGAGGCAGAAAUGGGACCAAAAAUCACAGCAGAAGCCUCGUGACUCCUCUGUUGAAGUUCGCAGUGACUGGGAGGUGAAGGAGGAGAUGGAUUUCCCUCGACUGAUGAAGAUGCGCUACCUAGAGGUGUCAGAGCCACAGGACAUAGAGUGCUGUGGAGCCCUAGAAUACUACGACAAAGCCUUUGACCGCAUUACAACAAGGAACGAGAAGCUGCUGAGGAGCAUUAAGCGCAUCUUCCACACCGUCACCACUACUGAUGACCCAGUUAUCCGAAAGCUGGCCAAGACCCAAGGGAACGUGUUUGCCACGGAUGCCAUCCUGGCCACACUGAUGAGCUGCACUCGCUCUGUGUAUUCCUGGGACAUCAUUGUCCAGAGAGUUGGAUCCAAGCUUUUCUUUGACAAGAGGGAUAAUUCAGAUUUUGACCUCCUGACAGUGAGUGAAACAGCUAAUGAACCACCGCAGGAAGAGGGCAACUCCUUUAAUUCUCCCCGCAACCUUGCCAUGGAAGCCACCUACAUCAACCAUAACUUCUCCCAGCAGUGUCUGAGGAUGGGAAAGGAGAAAUACAAGUUUCCCAACCCGAACCCUUUUGUGGAGGAUGACAUGGAUAAAAACGAAGUAGCUUCUGUUGCAUACAGAUACCGAAGGUGGAAGCUGGGAGAUGAUAUCGAUCUCAUUGUCCGCUGUGAGCACGACGGAGUGAUGACGGGAGCGAACGGAGAGGUGUCGUUCAUCAACAUCAAAACGCUGAACGAAUGGGAUUCCAGGUACUGCAAUGGAGUAGACUGGCGCCAGAAGCUUGACUCGCAGAGAGGAGCUGUGAUUGCCACGGAGCUGAAAAACAACAGCUACAAAUUGGCCCGCUGGACAUGCUGCGCGCUGCUGGCUGGAUCAGAGUAUCUUAAACUCGGGUACGUGUCCCGUUACCACGUGAAGGACUCUGCCCGCCACGUGAUCCUGGGCACGCAGCAGUUCAAGCCCAAUGAGUUUGCCAGCCAGAUAAACCUGAGCAUAGAGAACGCCUGGGGCAUCCUGCGCUGCGUCAUCGACAUCUGCAUGAAGCUGGACGAGGGCAAGUACCUCAUCCUCAAAGACCCCAACAAGCAGGUGAUCCGAAUCUACAGCCUGCCGGACGGCACCUUCAGCUCGGAUGAGGAUGAGGAGGAUGAAGAGGAGGAGGAUGAAGAGGAAGAGGAGGAGAGCUGAGCGGUGGGGCUGCGCGGGGAGGACCGUACCGCACCCCAGAAGCCGGCAGCGGGGCCGCACGCCUGGAAUAAAGUCACUUUGCUCUGC